UUGGUAUCGAAAAUAGCUGAAGAUCCCGAGCGACCACCUACUUCCGCAUGCCCAAACUAAAGGCAUUUUCUAAAAAGGGAAGCUGGUCAAUUUUGUUAAUAAUGGUUCCUGCUUGUACCUGAUAAUAUAACCCACCCUAUGGCAUACGGUUGUCUGGUACUUAAUCUUAAGUGUUUUGUGCUUAAAUGUAAAUUUUCAUAUUAUUUGAACGCCACAUUAUGCACCUAACACAAGUAUGAAAUGUGCUUAAAAUUGAUCUAAGGUUAAGGACAAAGUUGAAAUAUUAAAUAUAAUAAGGAAAUUACCUUGUGAGAAUACUCUAAAAGAUACUGAAUAUUAUUAUUUUUAAAUUAAAUUAAAAAUAGAAAUUAAUUAUGUGGAGUAUAUAAUAUUUAAUGACACAAUUGUGAUGCUUAUGACACAGUAAAUAAGGUUGUGGCCAACAACUAAAUAAUGAAAAAUAAGAAAAGGUCCCAAAACUCAUUGCUUAGAACUUGUAAUUAAUCACCAUAAAAUCAAAAAGUUUAAAGCUAUUAAAAACAAAUGGUAUAUAGUGACUGAAUAUUUCAGCAUCCAAAUUGUGCAGAUAUUGCAAAGAUUGUGAGAAAACCUGACGGUCCUAAAUGCCCUUAAUCCAUCUGCUCCACUCCUUUAGAUGUGAGAAUCCCACAGACAGCUAAUAAAUGGCAUAUUUUUGCAGAAUGGAAUUAAUACGUGGAAAGACAUUCAUCAAAAACUAUGCUCAAAAUCCUCCUGAGAAAUUGCCGUAUAUUGGAGUCAAAGUAAAAAAGAAUGUGCUGUCUGAAAGGAUCCUCGGUGAAUGUGAUACUAAAAAGGAAAGUAUAAAGGGAACAGGUGUAAGUGAAAACAAGGAGAGUUUUGGUUCUCCUAAAUGUGUCAGAAAAAGCAAAACGCAUGACUGUGUAACAAGAGAAAUCUCUUCUGAAAUUGUGAAAGAUAGGCUUCCAAGUAGUAGAAGUUUUUCUGCUGUGGAAAACAGUUUAAAUACAAGUGAUAUAGGGAAUAAUCCCAAUAUAAAAAUUCAAACAAACUAUGACCAACAUAUGAUAGACUACAGGAACUUUGCACCUCUAAUGCCUUUUGUGCCAUCAGUUGCAAAAUCUCUCCCCAAAAAAAGAAUAUCGCUUAAAAGAUCUAAAAAGAGUUUAAAAAAUAUAUUCCAAUUUAAAAAAAAUAAACAACAAGGCAUCACUCCAAUAGCAGAAAAUGAAAGAUUGUACCCACUGGUAUUGGAAAUGGAGAAGGGAAAAAGAAAUGCAGAACAACUAAGAAAUACUAAUGAGAUUUUUCCUGAUGAAAUGUUGACACCUGAAUACCUUGACAGUGAAAUGUACAUUGAUACCAUUGAAUAUUGCCGCAGCUUGUGUGAGGAUGUUGCUUCUCUUAAAAGCUUUGACUCUUUUACUGGCUGUGGGGAAAUAUUUGCUGAUGAAAUCUCUGCAGAAAUAGAACACUGCAAAGGGGGACAUAAACUAAAGUUUCAUACCAAAGAAAUUCCUGUAGUUGAGAGCUUUCAAGGUGGUGUAGAACAGCUUGCCUCUCCGGCAAAGUCUGAAAUCACUGAGUUUUCCCGAGUAUGUGGACAUGAUACUAAACCACCAACUGCAAAAAAUUUCUGUUCAAAUUUGAUUUUCGAUAGCACUUUUGUAAAAACAUCAAAUGAUCUGAUGGAAACUAAUCAGGAACAUUCAAGAGAUGACUUUCCAAAUUCCUCUAGUAAUGAUCUGGUACUACCAAAUGAAAAUGUGGCAGAGGCAGGGUCACCAGUAUCUACCAGUGAUGAAGGGUAUUAUGACUCAUACUCUCCUGGAAUGGAGGAUGAAAAAAAAGAGACUGAAACCCCUUCAUAUAUGCAGAGGGAUAGUUAUAGUGGUGAUGCACUUUAUGAGUUAUUUUGUGAUCCAAAUGAAUCUACGCCCAGCCCUUUAGUAGACUGUGAUUUGUCUGUAUCAGGGCAGAACACUGAUGCUCCUAUGUCAAUUUAUAGUUUCUGUGUUGGUUCUGAAGAAAAGAUGGCAUCACAAUCAGAUAGUAUUCUUGAAAAUGGCAACCUCAAUAGUUCAUGGAAAGGCAGAGAAUGCUUCUUGAAAUUGUGCGAUACUGAGCUUACUCUGACAAUGGGCUUAGUAAACUGGUUAAAGAAAACAGGUAAGCUUAACGAAUUCCAAGACCCAAAUCCAAAUGAUUUGUCCAGCUCUGAACAAUGUGCGCAAAAGGAAAUCUCAGAAAAAAUACAUGUUGAGGAAAAUAAGCCAACAUUGAUCUGUAAAGAAGCAAGUAACAAAGACACAGAAGAAACGAUGACUUCUGUUAAUACAGAUAAUCAAAGCAAAGUAAACAAACUCAAUACUUUAGAAAAUCAUAACAUAAAUGUAAUAUGCACCGCACAAAGAGAAAGUAAAACAAUCAAUGUUGCUGAACUGAAUUUUGAUCAAAAGUCUGUGAGUAAGAAAAUUUCAGAUGAUAAUGUUGCAAAUAAUAAAUCUUUACCAAAACCUUUGCAAAUUGGUAGCAAAGAAAAACACGAAUUGGAGCUACUAAAUCCAUAUAUAAAGGAUGUCGCUCAUAUAGAUACAAUGCGAAUAAUAUGCAACAAAAAUGUACUUCCUCCUCAAAACAAAGACCUUCAAAGCCCAUGUGUUACAAGCGGUGUACCAGAUCAUGAUAACAAUGUAAUUCAGAGUAUGGAGCAGUGCGCUACUCAAGUAUCAUCAUUGCAAAUAACAUGCAAAGACCAAAGUAUGAAUCAAGAAAAGACAAUAUGCCCCCAGAACAUACUGCAAUCCUAUGAAGUAUCAAAAAAUUGCAGGAAUUCUGAAAUACAGGACAGUGUUUCUCGACAAAAUAUACUUUACAGAGUUUUAUCGGACACAAGUCAACUGGAAUCAAGCAAAAGUAAUUUAAAACUGCCUUACUCUAAGGAAUCAGCAUUAACGCCUUUGAAAAACAGCAUUUGCCUCUUCGCAGAAUGUAAAGAAAAUCUAGAAUAUAAUCAAAACCCAGCUCAAGAAUGUACAGGUAAAACUGGUAGCGACCAACAGCUACUAUCAAACAAAUCUCAAACAACAAACUUUGUUAGCAGACCAAACCUCCUACCUCUGUUUAGCUCGUCUGUCAUUUCAAGCUGUUCUUCCACUAUGUACAAAAUGCGGAACGCAGGAAAGCCCCUCGUUUUUUUCAACACUCCAGAGAAAUCUAAUAAACCAAUAGGUAAUUAUCAAGAAAUUGAUCAAGAUUUCCAUCUCCCCUUCCAAGCUGUAUCAAUGAUAGGUCUAACAGAACAGAAUGAAGAAUCCAGCAAUUAAACAUCACAUAUGAGAAAGGUUGCCCAGCAGUAAACAAGACCUAAGGCACAUGGGAAUGAUUAGACGGCAUCAAAACAACUUAAAAUAUUAUGGCAAAUCAGCAUAAUGUAAACUUAAAAUUCAUACAAAUGGAUUUUCACAAAAUUUGUUUCUCAACCUGUGCACUGUACGGCACUGUAUUUUUAAAGUUUGUUUUAUAGUUUUUUUGUAAGUCUAUUUAAUAAUCUUUUUUCUUACAUUUAUAGUAUUUUGUAGAUUUACAUAAUUAAUAUUGAAAACUAAAUGAAUUUCACAGUUUUUUCUUCUGGUGAAUAAAAAUAUUUAGAGAUUUUCAUCAGACAAAUUCAUCUAAAGGUCAUCUAAAACAACCAGCGCACUAAACAAAAUCCAUACAUUUAUUAUGGCUGGCAAGAACAACCAAGCAUGAUGGUACUGUUUGCUAUAAAACUUACAUUUGAUUCAGUUCUCGGCUUUAUCUUGUGCUGAUACUAACACUAAAUAAUAAUUGUUUGGAAGGGCUUAGCAUAUAAACUGAAAAACACCUCUAAUGUCAUACACCAUGGGUUUAUUCACCAAAGUCUGACUUGGGCCAAUUGGAUACUGACAUUUUUAAUGUCAGGUGAAAUUAACAAUUUGUAGAAAAAUGCCCAAACCAGAUAUUCAUUGACGCCAUACAACCAAUUACAACUAACUUACACUUCUCAAGUUCAUUUAAGAAAGUACAAGUAUAUAGCAAAUUAGUCAUUGAAAAACCAAGUUGUGAAAGCCAGCAAACUUUAGGCCAGAUAAAGUUUAAUGCUCGAGCGUUAAAGGGACAGUCAAGUCCAAAAAAAACUUUCUUGUUUCAAAUAGGGUAUGUAAUAUUAAACAACUUUCCAAUUUA